AUGUCUGCCCGAAUGUCGCCCGGAGGGGCGCUGCUGAGAUCAUCUCGGAUGUUCUCUGUGCCCAAGCCGCUCCCUCAACCCGGAGGUCAAGCAGCCGCCAUCGCUCGAUACGCAUCCCCGACGGCGACCGCGCCUUAUCCCACGCACCAAUCCAUCACCACUACCGAAUCCUCGAGGGCCCUUGGUGACUGGGGCUUCAAGCGCUCCCUGCCUCUUCGAUCCACGACCAAGUCAUCGACCCCCGUUGUCCGCAUCAAGGACAUUGACUGCUUCGAAAACGUCACCGAUUACACCUCCGCCGCGGACCACACCUUGUCUCUUCAGAAGUUCCACGAGCUCAACCUGCCCGUCACACUACCUGGCACCAACCGGUCGCGUCUCGGUGGUAUCCACAUUGGAGCGAAAUCUGUAUUCGAAGACGAUGGUGACUUCACUACUGUCAAGCGUAACGGCGAAAACGAGGAGAAGAGGUGGAAGUUCCAGGGCCCCUGGUUGGCUGGCCUCACUGAGGGCGAAUUCAACGCAUACCUGCGCAAGGCUGUCCGCAACAAGCGAGCAUCAUUCCGCAACUUCCUGCGGAAGCGUAUUGCAUCCGAUGAAACGAGCAAGCAGCGUCAGAAAUCCCUGGAGGCUGGAGAGAAUGCUCCCGCAGCUCUUCGCGCAGGCGACGUAACGGAAGAGCAACUCACAGAGUACAUUCGCAAGUUGCGCAACGACCGCAUCACCUUGUACUCACUUGUCGGCGAAUUCUUGGACCUUGCUCCCCUGAACCCGCCCAGCUCGUUGACCGACUUCAGCAAGUCGACGGAGAAGACCAAGCGCCCCAGCUUGUACGCUGAGCAUGGCCCGCCCGCUUCUCACCCCUCUGGCGGUAUCUCAUACCUCCGCACAUCCAACUUCGCCGAGAACCACCCAGUAUACGGCCCCCAGGCGCAACAUACCCCCGUCCUGGCUCGUAUCGUCGCCCCGAGAUCAGGAGCCAACAGCGCCAAGCUGGGCGUCGGCGGUUUCAUCACGGAUGUUCCCCAGGGCGAUACAGCUUUCAACCACAGAGCCUUCGUUGGACGCAACAACAAGGUGGCUGGUGUUGUCACUUUCGACCCCGAUAUCAAGGGAGGCGCCAAGGCCUACGUUUCGCCUACGUCGGCUCGCAUUGACUCAGACGGUUGUGUCCAAAUCACCGUUGGCGAGGCUAAUGAAGAGGCCCAGCUCAUUCUGAAGGAGUUGGUUGGAAAGGCCAAGAUCUACAACGACAAGACCGAGGUAGAAGCACCCGCACCGGCCCGCAGAUUCAUCCGAAAUGUGCACACCAACAACCAAAGACCGGGAACCAGCGCGGUGGGCAGCUCGAAGAGCUACGGUCUUGACUCUUGA